AUGAGCGACCUAACUAUCCCAUCUACAUCAUCUGAUAAAUCUGCAAAACCACUCAUCGUUGCUGAGCAUACGUUCUCAUCACCGAAUGAAGUUUUCUUUCAGCUUCGCACGUGGGCUACUGAGCUACCGAGGGAAACUUAUAUACAACAUUUUCACGAAGCCUUAGGAGAAGUUAAUCGUGCGAUUGAUGUAUAUGACCUCGUACGCGAUGCGUUUCUUGUGAAUAUGUGGUCGGUGGGUAAGGACACUCUGGGAAAUGACUUCGCUAGGAUCAGAAAGAAAAAUCGUCAUAUCUGGUCUAAAGCUGAGCAGGCUCAACUCGGAAAGUUCUUGCUAAAUGGGAAGGCUAAGGCAACCGCGUUUUUAGCUAUUAAUACUGCACAAGGCUGGAGGGGGGCAGUCAGCCGUUUGGCGACUGCGUGCGCAGACUAUGACGAAGCAAUGAAAUAUAUCGUCCAUGCAUUGGUACAACGCCUGCAGCAUGUAGGUCGUGGAAAGUCUCGGUAUCUUGAUCCUGGUUUUGUCGAUAUUCAGUUGGCUAUUGAUCUCUAUAAAGCAAACCCUAGACGCCCCCCUGUGGGGAAUGAGGUUCUUGCUGAGCUCGGCGUGCAGAGGAAUUCUAUGGGGCUGCUGAGUACAGUAUCUGAGAUUAUCGAGGCUCCAAUUGGUGGUCCCGGCUUUGAGUGGGCAGGGACCGAGCCCCAGCUCCCAUUGCCCCAGACUAUCAUAGAGGAGCUUUCAGACUUAUCAUCAGACAGUGAAUAUCAAGAUACAGAAAGCCUCCAAGGCACUCAAGUCCCUCCCGCAACUACCGUCGAGCCGGCGGCCACACCUACAUCCACCAUCGAAACCAUGAACACCGUGCCUACCAGCACACAGCGCCAAAAGCGCAAGAGAGAGACGGUACCAGUGUUGACUGCAAGUAGCUCAGGCCAAAGACAACCCUCGCAGCGCACGACGUCUGACUCCCAUACAUCUCCACACGGCGACACUUCGCGACUUAUCGGAUCCCCAGGAGCUCCCUCCAGUUUGCAGAACACCGCCACUACACCCACCUCUCCCACUCCCUCUAUCGGGAAUACGCCCCAAGGGAAGGAAGGAGAGACGGCUACUGAAACUCAUCCUGAAACCCGGAUUCGGGAUGAUGAGGCCGCCCACAAAUUAGCAAUCAUGGAAGACUUAUUAAAACGUUUUAAAGCCUCAAGCAUCGAUCCUAAACGUGUGCUGGCGGAGGGAAGCCUUCAAGGGAUUGACAUAUAUGAUUGGUGGGAAUAUCAAGGUCUAGUCGACAAGAAGACAAUGGCCGACUGUGCGGUAAUUGAGCUUAAACGCUUCGAGCAUCACUACAAAAAUCAGCUGGAUAGUUAUCAGUUCUCUCUCUUCCAGCAGUUAGCGGAAAUUGAUCCGGUUCUUGUCUGCCAAUAUGGAUCUGGUACAACCUUGAUUCCUAUAAAAAGUGUGGAUCUGAACACUGCUGUUGUACUUCGGCCAACCCUUCUGCCAGUACCGGUUAUAAUGGAGCUUUCGAAAGGGACUUUGCACUCUAAGCCGGGGGUAGUUCAGGCUAUCCAAAAGAUUCGCUCAGAAAGGGAGCCUGUACCUGGGGAUGUUAGAGACCUAUCGCCGCGAGCAGUCACAUUUGUCGAGCAUUCCCCUACCAUUCAGGGAAUCAGUCCAUUGACGGAUGCUAUUCUAUGCCGACGCUCUUACCUCGAAAUGGAGGUCCAAGAAGAAAUAAAGAUUCUGUUGGGAGAAGAUCGGGACGUAGCGUGGCAAUGGAUCAAUGAUUGGAGGAAAGCCGCGUACGCGUCCGUGAAACUAAGCUACAAACUUCUUAUGGAAGUUGAGAGAACUAGGUUUGAAGAUCAAGCAUUUAUGUUCUGA